AUGGGUCUUGCUAGUAAACUGGCAUCCGCUCAAAGUGGCGCACCUCCAGGUGCUGCCCCUACAACCUCAGCUCAAAACGCUCCCGCAAGAGUAAACACAAUUGGUUCUCCUCAACAACAACAAGCUAAUACUUAUGGUGCCCCUCCAUCAGGUGCUCCAGGAUCUUAUGGAUCAGGUGCUCCAGCUCCAGCUCCAGCUUACGGAAACAGACCUGCUCAACAACAACAAUACGGAGCCGGUUCUUACGGCCAACAACAGCAGCAGCCUGGCGCUUAUGGUCAGCAACAACAACAACCUGGAGCCUAUGGUCAGCAACAACAGCCUGGAGCCUAUGGUCAACAACCUGGUGCUUAUGGUCAACAGCCUGGCGGUUACGGACAGCAACCUGGAGCCUAUGGUCAACAACAAAGACCUGGUGCAUAUGGCCAGCAACAACCUGGAUACGGUCAACAGCAACAGCCUCAAUAUGGCCAGCAGCAAUACGGUCAACAGCAACAGCCUCAAUAUGGCCAACAACCAGGCGGCUAUGGCCAACCUCAACAACAACAACAACAAGGUGGCGCAGGUACUCAAGGGUUCUACAAUAGCUUAAUGAAGGCAGUCCAAGAAAACCGUCUACAGGCAUUUUACAGUCCUCAACGUAUUCAGCAAAUUGCCGGCUCCAUUGGCAACAAAAUUGAUCAAGUGUCUCAAUAUUGGAAGAUUCCUAUGGAAAUUGCACUUGAUCUUGUACGCCUUGCUCUUUACGAUAUUAUCAUUUACGCUGAUGAUUCAGGUUCCAUGUCUUUUGAAGAAAAUGGUGAACGUAUUGAUGACCUGAAACUUAUUAUUUCUCGUGCAGCAUACAUUGCUUCUCUCUUUGAUGAUGAUGGUAUUGAGGUCCGCUUCAUGAAUAACUCUACCGAGGGUAAUGGUCUUCGUUCUGAACAAGAAGUGCUAAAUCUCGUGUCUCGCGUCCAAUUCCGUGGUCUUACUCCCCUUGGCACAAACCUCGAACGAAAGGUUCUUACCCCCUUGGUUAUUGGUCCUGCUCGUAACCGUGCCCUGAAGAAGCCUGUUUUGGUUAUCACAGUCACUGACGGUACUCCUGCCGGUGAGUCACCUUCAACUCUUACAAAUGUUAUUGCUCAGGCCAAGAAUGAGCUCUCAAGAACACAAUACGGACCAGGUGCUCUUGGUCUCCAGUUUGCACAAGUCGGCAAUGAUAUUCGUGCACGCGAAUUUUUAGCCAAGCUCGAUGUUGACCCAAUAGUAGGUGGAAUGGUUGACUGUACAUCUAAUUUUGAGGUUGAACAAGACGAAAUGGCCCGUUUGGGUGUCAAUCUCGACCCCCAAACUUGGCUAGUCAAAAUGCUUUUGGGUGCUAUUGAUCCCAGUUACGAUGAACAAGACGAGAAGCACUAA